AUGAGUUUAAAAUAUCAAAAUUACACAUACAAUCAACUCUGGAUAUACCGAACAGAAUAUUUUGGACCGUUCUAUAAUGCCAACUCAGCUCUUUCAUCGCUGGAUACUGUUAAUAUAGGUUGCUUUUUAUCUUCCAAUAAUAAUAGAAGAGUUAGGUCUUAUAAGGGAAGUGUAAUAAAUGUUAAAUUAGAACAAAUUGAAAAUAAUGGAAAUAUGUAA